AGACUGCAGAGUGCAGUGCUUGUGGUUCCUGCACAUAUAGGUCGCAGUCGUGGCGUCUCUCGUGCGAGGAUGAUAGGGACGAGGGACGGCGAUGCUUUUACGCAUUUCGUACACGAAGCGCGUAAAAUGUGCAUACUCUAUUAUUUGCGUGCGAUAAAGGUAUCAGAGUUGCGCAUGUGUGUGCACAUGUGUGCCGUAUAAGCACGGCCGUCAGUGUCAGUGGCCGUCAGUUGGCUCGUCGCGAGAAUGUAUUAUAUAUUCACGGUCACGUAAGCGUAUUUAUAGCCAUUCGUGAAUUCUGGCGGAAGUCCUGCCGCAAGGAUCUCGCUACUUCCGAACCCCAUUACGUCACGCGUGAGGCUGCUCGCCCGAAUUCAAUUCUCUCGACAAUGAACAUCGGAGUAUUUCUCGUAAUCGCGAGUAUUUUUGCCGCCAGCUGUUCCAGCACAAAUGAUCUCGAUUUGGGCACCAUCGUUUUCGCAAGUAUUUUGUACCGACAUGGAGAUAGAACUCCUAUUGGGCAUUACAAAAAUGAUCCUUAUAAUGAAACAUCCUGGCCAGUUCCAUAUGGACAAUUGACAAAUCUUGGGAAACAUCAACACUUACUCCUUGGACGCUGGCUGAGGAAACGAUAUUCUCACUUUUUAAGCAACAUUUAUACACCUUACGAUAUUUACAUUCAGAGUACGGAUAUAGAUCGUACACUAAUGUCAGCGGAAGCUAAUCUGGCAGGACUUUAUCCGCCAAUAAAGAAUCAGAUCUGGGAUGAUAUCAAAUGGAUGCCGAUACCUGUGCACACCAUUCCAAGCAAGGAGGAUUACGUUUUGCACGCAACUAAAAACUGUCCACGAUAUAAUUAUGAAGUAGAUAAAGUCUUAUCAUCACCGGAAAUAGAACACGUGAAUAAAGAGAAUGCACAACUUUAUGCCUAUUUAACUGAGCAUACUGGAGAUAAAAUACAUUCGUUAAAAGAACUUGAACAUUUAUAUGAUAUUUUAUAUAUUGAGACUUUAUACAAUAAAACUCUACCUCAAUGGACACGAUCAGUGUUUCCAGAGAAGAUGAAACCUCUCACUAUACUUAGUUUCAUGAUAGAAACCUAUAACAAAGUACUUCAAAGAUUAAAGUCAGGUCCAUUACUUGGAGAAAUAAUAAAUCACAUGGUUCAAAAAGUACAAAAUACUUUAAAACCUGACAGGAAGAUAUGGAUGUAUAGUGCUCAUGAUGAGACUAUAGCAAAUUUGUUAAUGACUUUGAAUUUAUUUGAACCUCACUGUCCACCUUACGCUGCUGUGGUUCUUAUAGAAUUAAGGACAAACUCUAGAAAUCAGUAUUUUGUAACGAUUUCUUAUAAAAAUACUACUGCGGAACCAUUACUUAUGACAUUACCAGGCUGUAUUACAUUAUGCCCUUUAGAUGAAUUUAUUAACUUGACGAGAAACGUUGUACCUGAAAACUGGGAUAGAGAAUGUUUAGUUGGUUGGGAGGACGUAAAUUCUAGCGACGUUAUUGUGAUUCUGGCGUCAUCUAUAUUAAUGCUAGUUUUAUUGGUUCUAUUAAUAAUAAGUUUUAUAUAUUGGCAUCAUAAAAAAGAACAUAGACAGUAUUAUUUUCGUUUGACAUAUAACGAUUAUAAUGAUGCCAUAUAACAAAUAUUGAAUUUAAAAAAAAUAUGGCAAAACAUUUAAAAAUGUUAAUCAUUGAUUAUUAAUGGCUACAAACUUAGGCAAGAUAAAUCUUUUUGCGAUCUCGAGAUACGGGAUGAGCUAUUAGAUACAUAAAACGAU